AUGCUCCUCUCACUUUUCGUCGCGUUGGCUUGUACUGCAGUGGCCACAGUAGCCCAAGGCGCUGAACACAGUCCCAAAAAAUGCUCUGCGAAUGCCGACGAAUUCGCAAUCGCUGCCGCGGAGAAGCACUUCCAGGCAAACCGAGUGCCUUCGUCGAGCUUGCAAGCCCGAGGAGCGCACAAAGAAGCGGCCCUUGACGUGUACUGGCACGUCGUCAGGUUGAACGAAACAGAGGAGGGCGGGGAUACUAACCCGCUGUUCAUUAACACGUCGAUAGACAUUAUGAAUUACCACUUCAAGGACGCGGGUAUACGGUGGAACCUCGUUGAUGUUUCACGCACGACCAACGAGGUGUGGUUCAGAAACGCCAGCGGGAACUCGACGGCGGAAUUCGAAAUGAAGCAGGCUCUUAAGAAGGGGGGCAAGGCUGACCUGAAUGUUUAUUCCGUCGACAACACUUAUGAAACCGCGUUUGGUUGGGCGACCUUCCCUUAUGAAUACCCGUUGAACCCAGAGUGGAUGGAUGGUGUGGUAGUGCGACAUACCACCUUGCCCGGCGAUUUCGAGGGGAAGCAUAGAGGAAAGACGCUACUCCACGAAGCGGGCCAUUGGUGUGGACUGUAUCACGUCUUCAUGAAUUCAUGCGACGAGCCAGGAGACUACGUCGACGAUACGCCUCCUCAAGAAGCACAAUACGAGUGUAUCUUCCCUCGUUCCAGCUGCAUCAAAGGCCAAUGGGAUCCGCUAUACAACAUCAUGGACUACACAAGCGAUUACUGCCAAUCACAGUUUACGCCAGGCCAAAACCAAAGGAUGCGCGAGCAACUCAAGAUGUAUCGCGACAUAGAUAUGUAA